AGGUAUCGCAAUUUAAAUUUUUCUUUGCAGAUUUUGGUAACAAAAACAAAACGAUGGCGGCAUAUUUUCACAUAUCGACGUGUAACAGAUAGAAGCAACGACUGUGAUGCAAGUAGAUGUAAUGGCGUAGGUCAUACGCAAUGUCCACAUAGGAGCAGCAGAUCGAUGGGACCGCAUGGAGACACGCGUGCAGAUGAAUCAAGCGCUGCCGACCAAACGCACGGAAGCAACCUAUAGGAGUUGCUCGCAAUCUCUGCCGCUCGACAUUCUAUGGUUGCCGCGGUCGUCGUUCCGGCCGGCAGAGGGCGAGCUGGCGGACUGCGUGCUCGUGGUGGGGGUGUCGCGGCCCAAGCUCGCGGCGGCGCUGCUCUCCGUGACGCUGCUGUCUCUCUUCCUCACCUUCCACGUGCUGUACGACAGCGCGCUUUACAGCAUACAGGCUGCCAGCCUGGCGUCCGCGGCGAGCGAGAGCCGCAAGAUCUUGCACAGCCAAGAAAUGAGCGGUCGCAGCAUCAACCAUCCCAUGGCGCUGCGGAAGAGGACGCGGCCCGCAAGGCCGCCAAGGCCGAUGAAGAGGCUUCCACAGGCGUUAAUAGUCGGAGUCCGAAAGUGCGGUACGCGAGCACUCCUAGAGAUGCUGUACCUUCAUCCAAUGGUACAGAAGGCGUCUGGCGAAGUGCAUUUCUUCGAUCGCGAUGAGAACUACGCUCUGGGCCUGGAGUGGUACAGAAGUAAAAUGCCACUGUCCUUUAAAGGGCAGAUAACAAUAGAGAAGAGCCCUAGUUACUUCGUUACUCCUGAGGUGCCAGAACGCGUCCGCGCCAUGAACUCCUCAGUGCGGCUGCUCCUCAUAGUGCGCGAGCCGGUGACUCGCGCCAUCUCCGACUACACACAGCUGCGCAGCCGCGCCACGCCUUCGGCCCCGGCGCAUGCUAUGACACCAUCCCAUCCGGCGCCUGACGCCGCCAAGCCGUUUGAGCAUCUCGCCAUAUCGCCCGAUGGCUCUAUUAACGUCGCGUAUAGGCCAAUCGCCAUAUCAUUGUACCACGCGUACUUGCAUCGUUGGCUGGAGGUGUUUCCUCGGGAGCAGAUUCUAGUAGUCAACGGGGACUUACUCAUCGAAGACCCGGUGCCUCAGCUGCGGCGCAUCGAGAAGUUCCUUGGAUUAGAGCACAAAAUUGGAAGAAGAAACUUCUACUUCAACGAAACUAAAGGCUUCUACUGCUUACGAAAUGACACUACGGACAAGUGUCUUCGUGAAACUAAAGGUCGUAAGCACCCGCGGGUGGACCCGGCCGUCGUCACCAAGCUUAGGAAGUUUUUUAUACAGCACAACCAGAGGUUCUACGAUCUCGUAGGAGAAGACCUCGGCUGGCCCGAGGACUAGGUAACUGGCCAAGGCCAAUGGCGUUACCAGACAUAUGGAUGCACCAUAUCUUUGUGAUCGAAUGUAAUUCUUACAUAUCAAAAUAAAACAUAUCAUUAGUGCUUAAGGUUUUUAAAAUAUAAUAUAUAUAUGUAUACAUCUAGAGUAAUUACAAAUUAGAACACGUGGAAAUAUAAAUUUUAUUUAUUAGUACGAGAUGUUUUGUAUACAAAAUUUUGCUGCACUUUAGUUACACAAUGUAGUUAUAUACCGAUUUCAUUUUGGGUUUAUUGUACCAAUUGAAGUGAUCGUUUAUACUGGAUAUAUUAUAUUAUAUUUAUUAAUUUUGACAGUGUCUACGAAACGGGAACAAAAAUUGAAAGUAUGAAAGACGCGGUCAAUAAUUAUGAUUGUUUAGAUCAGCGAAGAUCCUUCACAAUUAUCACGCAACACGCACUGAUUCGAUAGACCGACUCACUGGAACCCUGAGCAAUAUAUUUUUAAUAUUAAUAGCUAAUAAUUAAGUAUUACGUGCAAACCUUUACACAGCGUUUUUUAUACAUUUAGGUAUGGAUUUUAAAGCUGUUUGUGAUCAGUUCGUUCUUAGUACUUAUUCACUAGUUGAGGCGUAAGUAUCUACUAAGCUAAAUGUAAGUAUUCUACUAGAGUAAUUCCACGAGGAUACGUGUUGUGUACAUUUUUCGCUUUCUCUUAUUAGAUGUCGUAAGUUUUGAUCGUGUCGUGUGGCUCGUAAAUGUUUAUAUGUUACUAGUGAAUGUGAUUUUUCAAAUUCUUAACCAUAUUUCCCAUGUUUUCCAAAUUGAUCAUUGCAAUGUUUCAAGUUAGUAGGUAGCUAAUUGUCUUCUUUAGAACGGUACUCUUGAAACUCGUAAUCCGAAUCAUUCUGUGUGUGUCUAUAAUAAUAUCAUAAAUUUCUUUGAUCUCAGUGUUGUUAUGGAGUCGUUGUUGAGUGUGUUGGUCACACUGUAGAACAUACACACGAUUUAAAUUAUAGUAAAAGUGGAGAGAUAUCGAUAUACAUUCAACGCGGGUUUAGGAGUAUUCUAUUUAAGCGAAACGUCCAAGACUGAAGAGUUAGUUGAGUAAGUUUAAGUAAUAUUUAGCAUAAAGUGUCCAGAGGUAGCGCCGCCCUAACGACGCCCGAGGCGACCUGGCCGACUACGGAAUGGCACUCAACGCCAUUAUCAAUACAUAUUUCAUUUCAAAAUCACAAGACAGUCAACGAAUAUUAAUAUUUUGUAAAACGUAAGCCUUCUACGAAUGCUUAUCCAAAAAGAAUAUUUUUUAACUAUUAAACUAUUUAAAUGGAUAAAGAAACGAAAAAUCUAUGUACAAUUUGCUCUAAUAUCUGUUAUAGCUGUUUUACUGCCAUAUGAAAAGAGCACCUGUCAAUAUGAAACUCGUAUCAAAUACCAUUUUAUUGCAGUUUACAGUCGUAGGGACCAAGGGUAAGCAGGCCCAACGCGGGUUAGCUAACAACAACCGUAAAAAAAUCUACGAUUUUAUUGUAUUUAAAUAGCGAAUAUAUAGUCAUUAGUUAGAAAAUGUAUCAAACUUCGAUUUAGAACAUCGUUUUUUAAGUUUCCGCUUAAAAUUUCAUACAAUAGAAGAAAAGCAAAGGCUAAAACCCGCUUUGCCCAGACAUGGGCCUAAAUUGGGUUGGCGCUUUGGGCAAAACGGGUAGUGGUUGGGCGAAGCGGGUAUUUUUAAAAUUAGACGUAUAUAACUUAUAUUUAAACUAAAUAUAUAAUCACAAAAUCGUUACAAAAACAAUAUUAUACUGAAAUAAUCACUAUCAAACGGUAUCAUGAAAUGAAAUUUAACGUCAUUGAAUGUCCCAAACUACUACCGUUUGGAAUUUUGAUUUCUGUGAGAUUUAAGUUACUUUAUUGUAUUUUACCUGGUUAUAUUAUUAAUAACAGUCGUAUAAUCAGCAUUGCGACAUAUUCUAGAGAUCUUACAAUCAAUAUAAACGUGUUGCUACAUUACAUGUAAACUUAGUAAGGCUUAGGCUACCCUCUUUGCCCUACCCGCUUUGCCUAGCCUUAUUGACAUUGACAGGAUAUAAAUUUGAAAUACGAACAGAGACGUUAAUGCAUUCGAUCUCAUUUAAAUGUUAAAUCUGGCUAAAAUCAUACAGUACAACUGCUAACUAGUAAUCUGCUAAGAUAUCUGACUAAUCAGACAAUACUUACCUUGAUUUUUUUAACAAAAACACCACAAAACUAACUGCAUACCGCCAGGCGUCCUCUGCAUAGCGCGGAUUGUUGGGAACUAAUUGAAACUCGUUGGCGGUUGGUCUCUUACGACGCUUGCAUACAUUCACAAUACUGUUACAUACAACGAUGUAUAGGCGCCUACCCGCUUUAGGCGGCCUAAUACCCGCUUUUGGCCUGGUUACCCUACAUUAAUUCUGGGACACGGAAAUGGUAUCAAAUUCAAAUUAAUGAGGCAGUGGUUGAUUCAGGUAUUUUCCACGAUUCUCUUCAAAGAUUUCUUUUAUACAUAUUGCAUAAACAAAUUGGAUUUGCGUUCGUAAUCAUGAAGGUAUAACUCAUUGUACGAUGUACCAGUAUUGUGAUGUAUCGAAGAUACAACUACCUAAUAUUAGGAGCGGAAGCAACUUUCGAACAAGAUACUUGCUGCUGACAAAUAUUUCACCACAAGUUGCUCAAGUAACUUUCAGUGAUAAAUAAAAGGUUGAAAGAAACAAAAAAGAACAGAAGUAAUUUCAGCUACUUGUGUGAUAUCAAGAAUAUCAAGCAUAUCAAAAUUAUUGUUAGAUUUAUAAUAUAACUAUGUAAGGUUUAAUAUUUGUUUUAAAAGGCUGGUUUUAUAAAAGUUUUUACUUAGUCUCAAAGAGAAGUGAAUGAUAACUAUUUAUAAAACUGACCAAGGUUAACUUUAUUGAGAGUAUAAUUUACUUUGUUUUGUUAAAACUGAUUUAACUAGUUAUUAGAUAUUUUUAAUCACUGUUAAAUGUUGUGCACGUUCAUAAGGUGUAGUUUAAAUUUGAUUAGGAUAAUACUGUUAAAUAUAGUUACUUAUUAUUUUUAGAAAAUUAAAGUAUAAUAUUAUUUUUAUAAUACCUGCGGACAUGUAUACAGGAUGACCUUAGCCUUUGGACACACCCUGAAAUCCAACGUAGGGUUACUUCUCAGGAAUGCUCUAACGUUAAUAUUUUUUUAUUGGAACAAAAAAAAUAUAUUUUCAAACAAAAAUUUAUUCCAAUGAUCAACAACAAAAAUAAACAUACUGUAUUAAUCAUUGCCAGUGUUUUUGACAAUUUGUUCGAAAAUGUGCGGCAAUGAUGACAUUUGUCAAAAGUCAGGAUCUAAUUAAUGUCAUAAAUAAAAAAGAUAAUCAAUAAGGUCGAAGAAGGUUUCAUAUGUUAUAUAGGGAAGGUAUAUUUAUUACCUCAGGAGCUAUUAACACAUACAGGCUGCUCCAAAGUAAAAAAUCGUAAUUUAUUAAUUUCUUCGUAACCGCUACACCGGUUGUUAUGAUACUUUGUAUACUGAUUCUAAAUACCCUAAUGCACAUGUACAUUUUGGCUUUGUAUAAGGACACCCUGUAUAUUUUGUGCAAUCCAUUUUAAUGUUUAUUUAAUAAACAUAAUAUACUAUACUUUAUAUUUUAGUUAAAUUAUGUGUUGUAAACCUUAAAUGCGUUUAUUUACUUUCUUGUACUUUACAUGCAAUGAAUUUUAUGGCAAUUACAUAUCAUUAGGUUAAAUGAAAAUGUUAUAUAUACCGACUAAAAUCUAUUUUACCCAUGUCUUAAAUAUUACAUUUCCUUGUAAAUAUCUUUUAAAUUCUGUUAAUAAGUUAACUGUACGUCUUCAAUAAAUAUGAAGCAAGAGUAC